AGCUGGCACAGCAGUGGCAUAGCGAGCCUCCGCGCAGCCUGACAGGGUCUGCGCUGCUUCCCCAUCACGUCCACCCAGUUGCCCUAGUGACUGUGUGACCCUCUCCCCCACCCUGCGCUGCCACCAGUCCUAUAAAUAGAGCAAGGAGCAGCUGGGCUCUCUUGGCAGUCACCAUGAGGACGCUGGUCCUGCUCUGCUGCUUUGUGGCGUCGCUCCUGCUCCCAGGACAAACAGAACUGCAAGUUUCCGCUUCGGGUGGCACAGAAGAUGUUGGCAAUUUGUUGGAGAAUCACUUCUCUGCUGGAGAAGCAAGUCUAGAGGAGAAGGAAAGGGCGCUUUAUGCGGAGGCGGCCCCUCGAGAGAAGACCCUGCUCCUUCAUUCCCCGGAUGGCAGGGAGGCUGAGAGCUCGGAGCAGCCCGCCGCCGGGGCCCCCGCCGCCAGCCCCGGCUCUGCUCCUGAAGCCAGCCUCUCCAAUGCCUCAGCCUCAGAGUCAGCUGCCCCCGGGGGCCCUGCGGGGCCUGGGGAGGAAGAAGCGGGCCCACCGGGAGCCAGCACCCUUCCUCCAGAUGGGGAGGGCCAGCCUGGGGGAGAGUUGGGUUUGGGAGAGGGCCCAGGUCAGGAGGGGGCUGCUGGAGAGGCCGAAGGACAGGCCGGGAGGGGUGUGGUCCCUGGGGAGGCUGAGGAGGUCCUAGGGGAGCACCCGGAGCAGGGGGCGGCAGUAGGGACUGCACAGCCUGAGGGCUCGGGGGCCUUUCCUGGCCCGGAGGUAAAGGAGGUCCACGCCCCUGAGACACAACUGGAGGACAGCCCGGGGCCUGAUCAGGAGCUGGAAGUGCCCGAUGGAAUCACAGAUGUGAACACAGAGACCCAGGAGGGGGCCGAGGGCCAGGGGGAGCCCAGCCCCAGCCCACCCUCGGAGGCCGGCACCGCGCAGAACUCCAAGGCGGGGGGCACCCAGGAAGACCACCCCCCGGAGGGCCUGGCACCAGGGCUAACUGAGGAGGGCCUGGACCAGGCCUCCUCUGAGGAAGAGAGUGGAGACGAGGAAGGAGGAGGAGCUCCAUCUGAAGAAGAAUCUGAGGAGGACAGUGGCGACGGGGCUAGCUCAGAAGAAGCAGGGGGUACCUCAGAGGAAGCCAGGGAACCCCAGGAAGCAGCAGGAACCAUGAGCCCUAGAGAAGAGGGGGCCCAGCUGAGCUCCAAGGAAUUGAAUACAGGGCCCGAGGCAGAGGAGCCCAAGGAGGGGCCUCAGGAAGAGGCAGACGAUGUGAGUGAAGAAGCCCCAAUGAGGGACCGCUCCCACAUAGAGAAGACUCUGAUGCUGAAUGAGGACAAGCCAGUGGAUGACUACUCUGUGGUGCUGCAGCGGCUUCGAAAGAUCUACCAUUCCUCCAUCAAGCCCCUGGAGCAGUCUUACAAAUACAACGAGCUUCGGCAGCAUGAGAUCACAGAUGGGGAAAUUACUUCCAAGCCCAUGGUGCUGUUCCUGGGACCGUGGAGUGUUGGGAAAUCCACCAUGAUAAACUACCUCCUCGGGCUGGAAAACACUCGCUACCAGCUCUAUACAGGCGCUGAGCCCACCACCUCUGAGUUCACCGUCCUCAUGCAUGGGCCCAAGCUGAAAACCAUCGAGGGUAUUGUCAUGGCUGCUGACAGCGCCCGGUCCUUCUCACCCCUCGAGAAAUUUGGCCAGAAUUUCCUAGAGAAGCUGAUUGGCAUCGAGGUUCCUCACAAACUUCUGGAGCGAGUCACUUUUGUGGAUACACCGGGCAUCAUUGAGAACCGCAAACAGCAAGAAAGAGGUUACCCCUUCAAUGAUGUGUGCCAGUGGUUCAUCGACAGAGCUGACCUCAUCUUUGUUGUGUUUGACCCAACCAAGCUGGAUGUGGGUCUGGAGCUAGAGAUGCUCUUCCGGCAGCUGAAGGGACGUGAAUCUCAGAUAAGGAUCAUCCUGAACAAGGCUGACAACCUGGCCACGCAGAUGCUCAUGCGGGUGUAUGGGGCCCUCUUCUGGAGCUUGGCCCCACUCAUCAACGUCACAGAGCCCCCACGGGUUUAUGUCAGCUCCUUCUGGCCACAAGACUACAAGCCCGAUACCCACCGGGACCUGUUUCUCAAGGAAGAGAUCUCCCUCCUGGAAGACCUGAACCAAGUGAUUGAGAACAGGCUGGAGAACAAGAUUGCAUUCAUCCGCCAGCAUGCCAUCCGGGUCCGCAUUCAUGCCCUCCUGGUCGACCGCUAUCUGCAGACUUACAAGGACAAAAUGACCUUCUUCAGCGAUGGAGAACUGGUCUUUAAGGACAUCGUGGAAGACCCUGACAAGUUCUACAUCUUCAAGACCAUCCUGGCAAAGACCAACGUCAGCAAGUUUGACCUUCCCAACCGUGAGGCCUAUAAGGACUUCUUUGGUAUCAACCCCAUCUCCAGUUUCAAGUUGCUGUCUCAGCAGUGCUCCUACAUGGGGGGCUGCUUUCUGGAGAAGAUUGAGCGGGCCAUCACUCAGGAGCUCCCCGGCCUCCUGGGAAGCCUCGGGCUAGGGAAGAAUCCAGGUGCUCUCAACUGUGACAAAACAGGGUGUGGCGAAACCCCAAAGAAUCGCUAUAAGAAACACUAGGUUGUGUAGCUGUUCUUGGGUUCCUGUUGGUGGAUGAGCUUGUGUCCUAACUGUCUGAGAAGUCCUGGUUUAUUAACCCUUUGAGCCACACUGGCGAGAAUCAUUACGCCUCGGAGAUUUGGGAGUUAAUUGAGGCCAGUGGUGUGAGUUGGGAGGCAAAAGGAAACUGUGAAUUAUAGUGUGCCCCCUCCCCUUGUCUUGUUGCUUCGGUGAGGGGCCCACCUGCUUUUCCUGGGUCCUAUGGCAAAGGGACAGAGAGCAGCUACAUUCUAGUGUAUACUGAGGUGACAAGCUUCAAGCUAAAAGCAGCUGCAGUUCCCCUGUAAGCUGGGAAAAUAGAGAAAACUUGAUUACUGGAGGGCUGCUCAGGUUUUUUGAAGCUUCUUUCCGCACAGUCUUCCACUGGUCCUCCAGCCCUCGCUGGCUCUCCGGCUUGGAUUGGCUUCAGCAGGAGAUAGUUCCUGGGUCUGAAGCCACCUUGGUUCGAGCCUACCCCCAGGCCCUCUUUCCUGUUUCCUCAAGGGGUGGGAGAAUGGCUUAAGAUACCAGAACACUAAGAUCGAUCAGGAGUGUGUCAUCGCCCCCCCCCCGCCCCCAUUACCCCCACACCCCUCACCUCCAAGCCCCCCACCACCCCCAACCCGGCGAGGAGAAGGAUCUGUCUCCCCACUGCCAUCUCUCCGAUGUAGUCUUCCAAGCCAGCUGGAAAGCUCGAUCCCUUUCUCAGCCCCAAGAGGAGGUUGAGUGUUCCAUGUAUUCAGGUAAUUUACUUCUUGGAAGUGACUUCAGUGAAAGUACCGGAAGGGCUCAGAGGGUUAAUUGGUUUGCAGUGUGUCUUUGUCUAUUGCAUGUCUUGGAAAACUCAGACCCCAAAGGCGUUGGGUUUCAGAGGGCAUAAUGGAAACCUUGUUUCUUUUCAUUAGGGUCUUCUCUGGGCAGCCCAUCUCCCCCAAUGAGGAGGGGCGGUUUCCACAACUUCUCUGCAGACACACUGUGCAGGGGAGUCAUUUUCUCCUGGUUUUCAUGCCAUGGCCUUUCCUUCCUCUUCUCCAUUCCCUGAUGUGCCAACACUCAAAACUCAGUGAUUUCCCAUGAGUCAGAGCCAGCAUCGGCCACUCCGCGUGGGUGGCAACCAAAGCUUCACAUUUGGUUUUCUACCUGACCUUGAUACUGAUACCAAGUGUAGCACAGGGAAGCCAGGGCCUUCAGAUACCAACAAGUGUGAAUACGUGUGUACUGCGGUGUCCAGGAGAGAUUAGGGAGAUAGCAGAGGCCAGAGGGCACGGAGAAAGAAUGCACUGUGAGUCCUGUCUGGCUGGUGUACCACCUUGGAGGGCAGCAGGGGAUGGAGGGAAGGAGCCUUUUGAUGAAAAGUAGGUGGAUGAACAGUAUGUGUAGAUCCAGGAGAUCUGGGUCAAGGUCCACCAGCUCCAGGAAGUUGCUUUGGACCAGAAAGAGAGCAAAGAUGAAGGCAGAUGGGAGGCUCUCUGAGGACGAGACCGAGGAAGCAAGCUGGCAAUCAGAUUAGGUCCACCUGGAGAAUUCGGAAUCCCUGCUUCCCAGAAUUAGCACUCUGGUGCAUGCUGCAGAACCAACCAGAGAAAUGGGCAUACUGGGGCACCUGAGGGGCCUGGUGACCAGGGCCUGAUAAGCUGCUAAAAACCAACCCUUGCCUCACCUCCUCAUCAUGCACCCUCUCAAGAGCUUGCCCUCCCACCUUGCUCCUGGAUGCUCCCAUUGCCCUUGAGCUGCUCUUGGCGUAUCUGGUUUUCUCAGUUCAGCUUGGGACAUAAAAGGUGCAGAACUGUGUGGGCAUUGUCAUAGUGGCCCGUGCCACCAUUGCUCUGGGGGAAGCCGGGGCAAGGGAGCCAGCGCAUACAUACGGUGUCUCUACUUUCAGGGGGGCAGCGUUAUCAGUGUGGUCUUUCCUCCCUUUCUUUGUUCCAUCCAUUUGCCUUUCCUUGCUCCUGUUCCUCUGCUCUCUGGUUCACCUGUCUUUGCUCUGAAUUGCCUGCAGGCUUGUCAGUUGGUCGGCCUGGGUGUUCAGUGCUGUUCAGGCCCCUGCUCUGUGGAUGUGGAUUUCAAGCAGAAUUCUGACUCUUUGGGGAGGGGGAGGGGGUUGGGACCUGGAGGUAAAUUUAGGAUCCAGAGAUUUCCCCCAAGAGGAGUUAUUUGUAAGUAUUCGUGCCUGAACUGUUGCUGUUGCUCUCCAAAGUGGAAACUUUCCAGUGUUCUUUCCAUUCUGAUUUCAUCAGGGAGGAAAUCUCAAUAAAGUUCAAUCUCUCUGUGA